CCUGUGGGGUCUCGGCUCCCAGGUGGAUUCCUGCUCCUAGUGAGAGGGGAGGGAGCUGGGCCCGGCGCUGUGGAUCCGGGGGACCCUGGCCUGGCACGGACCAGACGCUGCUGCCGCCUCCGCUGUGAGCCGAGAUCCGGCCGGGAAGCUGCUCCUGGGCUGCAGAAAACUCCACAUUUCACUCCAGCUCAUCCCGUCCUCCCAUGGCACAGGGGCAGAGAAUGGCUGCAGCGGAGCCAGUUCAGGGGCUGGUGAGCUUCGAGGAGGUGGCCGUGUAUUUCACUGCAGGGCAGGGGGCUCUGCUGGAUCCUGCUCAGAGAGCCCUCUACAGAGACGUCAUGCAGGAGAACUAUGAAAACGUGAGCUCACUGGGGUGUCCAGUUUCCAAACCUGAUGUGAUCUCCCAGCUGGAACGAGGGGAGGAGCCGUGGAUCCCGGAUCUCCAGGGCUGUGAGGAAGGAGAGAUCCCGAGAGGUGCCUGUGUAGCAGGUGCUGGGAUGGUGAGUGAGGAGAAGAAGCAGAAUACUCAGCAGGAAGAUUCUGAGCAAGUGGCAUCACAGGGGGAUUAUCGCAUGGCUCCCAGAGGGAAUGUGUCCAGGCAUCGUGUGCAGGGGAAAGUCUGUGAGAAUCAGCACAGGCCAGAGAGAGCGGAGAGAAACCAGCCAGCGGAGAAAGUGGGUAACUCCAUUAAUUGUCAGGGAACUCACCCGGACCGCCUGGAAACCACAGCUCAGCAGAAUACCUACAGGAGAGAGAAAAAACAAUGCGCUGAGUGUGGAAAACAUUCACUAGCCACUCAGGCCUUUUAAAAAAUAAGAGAAUCCACACUGGAGAGAGGCCCUAUGGAUGCAGUGUGUGUGGGAAAAACCUUCAGUCAGGCAUCACCUUAUUCGACAUCACAGGAUCCACACAGGAGAGAAACCCCAUGAAGGCAGUGAGUGCGGGGAAAACCUUCACUCUGAGCUCCACCCUUAUUAACCAUCAGAGGAAUCCACACAGGAGAACGACCGUAUACAUGUAGUGAGUGUGGGAAAAAGUUCACUCAGAGCUCAGGUCUUGUAAACAUCAGAGGAUCCACACAGGAGAGAAACCUUAUGAAUGCUGUGAGUGUGGGAAAGCUUACCGACAGGUCAGCA